AUGCCACCAAAACGGACCCGCAAAUCCAGCCUGAAAUCCCUAACCCUUUCAAAUGAUUCAAAGCAAAAAGCCUCCCUCAGAACCUCCAUGAAAUCCCUGAAACUCGAAGAAAUCUCUUCGGGAGUUCAUAGUCAAGGCAAUGAGACCCUCGACUACGAACCUGAACAUCGUGAAGAGGAAUCAUCCCACAAACUUGAGGCCAUGUUGUCACGGACAUCUCUCCUGCUCUUGGAUUAUCUACAAUUCAAAGCUGCCCGCUCAAUUCAACGUUUCGUACGUGGAUGGCUGGACCGAUCGCGCUACAAACGCCUAAAGUGGGCCUCGAUAAUUAUACAAAAAGAAUGGCGUCGCUUCCAUGCCUGCCGUCUAUAUUAUCGCAAACUAGAAGCCUUAGUCCAGCAACGUAUUGAGGAACAUUAUUUCAAAUCCGCUCAGAAAAUCCAAGCCCUAUGGCGUGGUUGGUGGGUCCGCGAACAUAUACAUGAUCACACGAAGUUGGUGCGUUUACAGUUACUAGCUGGGGAGGAUCUGCUACAUUGUGUGGCCUUUAAGCUACAUCAUUUGCUGAGGACCCAUCAAAUACCGGGUGUCUAUUCGCUAAGGAAUUCAAGUGCCUUCUCCAAAGUGGAGGCCCUUUUGGCCUCCAUGACCUUCAAGACCUGCACCGAGCGGGUACGCAAGGCCCAUGAUUUCAGACAGCAACAAAUUAAAGAGGGUCGCAAACAAUUCGAAAAAUCUGCACAUGGUACACGUGUACCAUUUUCGGGUCCUAACCUUCACAAUUCCUGCAGGGUCAAAUGCCUACCCUUGUAUAAUGAAAAGGAUGCCGAUCGUAAGAUGAAUAAAAUUCUAAGGAUGUAUGAGGAAGCGGCCAAUCGGCAGGAUCCUAGAUUGCGGAAUACAAAACUCAAAUCAAAAUUCUCCCAACAAUAUCGCGGUAUUUGCCGACCCGAACCAUCCACAUUUUGUGGCGACAUUGUCCGCAGCAUGAAAAAAUGGCAAAUCAUUAGCGACGGCAAUUUCGAAGUGGAUCCGAAUAUAUUUCAACAUCCGGAAAAUGUGGAACACUUCCUGAAGGAAAUCAAAUCAUGGUGGAGUUUAUUACAUGGUAACUGUCAUUGUCGCCCAGCGGAUGUAAAGGAAAUGGCCGAGAGGGAGGAGGGCAGCAGCAACAAAAAUAAAACUUCACUAAAAUAA